CUUUCGUCAUUUUCGUCAGAUCCAAGUGAGAGAAAUCAGAAAAAGAUCUUGAAACGAUGCCGUACUACACGAGAGACGAGGAUGAAGUCGACGAUUUCGACGAGUUCGAUCCGACGCCGUACAGUGGAGGAUACGACAUCACCGUGAUCUACGGCCGUCCGAUCCCUCCUUGCGACGACACUUGCUACCCUCUAUCCUCCGCAGCGGAUGAAGAUUUCGAGUACGAGAGACCUGAAUUCACCUCGUACCACGAUCCUUCCGCCUACGCGGAAGAAGCUCUCAACACCGAGUACAGCAGCUACUCCCGCCCCAAGCCCCGUCCCGGAUUUCGACCCGGUUCAGCCGGAGGCGGCCACGUCCAAGGUGAGAGACCCGAUCAGAGUUACGGUCAGACGGAGGCUGAGUACGGUAGGAGACCUGAAUCGGGGUACGGCGGAGCGACGGAGACGGAGUAUGGCCGGAGACCUGAGCAGAGUUACGGAUCUGGUGGCUAUGGUGGUAGAUCGGAGGGUGAGUCUGGUGGCUACGGUGGGAGAACGGAGGUUGAGUAUGGCCGGAGACCUGAAUCUGGAUAUGGUGGGAGAUCGGAGAGUGAGACCGGGUAUGGUGAAGAGAGGAGCGAGUAUGAGCGUAAGCCUAGCUAUGGAAGGUCUGAGGAAGAGGAAGGAGGUUACAGGAAGCCUAGCUAUGGGAGAUCUGAGGAUCAGGUUGAGAGCUACAUAAAGCCCAGCAGCUAUGGAAGGUCUGAGGAAGAGGAAGGAAGCUACAGGAAGCCUAGCUAUGGAAGGUCUGAGGAACAGGAGGAAGGGAGUUACAGGAAGCCUAGCUAUGGCCGUCGCAAUGAUGACGAUAAUGAUGAAGAGCGCAGGAACCGUUCUGGUGAUGAUGAGGAAGGGAGCUAUGGCCGCAAGAAAUAUGGUGGCAAUGACUCUGAUGAUGAUGAGGAGAAGAAGCAGCAUCGUUACAAGCAUCACCACCACCAGAGGCGCCGUGAUGAAGAUGAUGACUAAAACCUUCUCUCAGUACUGGAGAGUGUUAUGAUCAACUACUUUUGCUUAGCUUCAUCUUACUAAAUAAUAAAAAAGCUAAGGCAUUUUUAUCU